AUGGCCGCCUACCUCGAUCUCCUCCAGCAAUACUCCCAAACCGCCCUGGCGGCGCUCCCCCAACCGGCUCAACAAUUACUGCUCAAGCCCAUCACACAAAAGGCGCUGGCCGCUGUCGUCGCGCUGGGCUUGGUGCGCCAUGUCAACAAGACUCUUUCCGCCUGGACCUUGCAAAAUUGGACGCGCAAUGAGAAAUGGGUCUCCUCCCGUGAACUCAUCCUGCUGACCGGUGGAUGCAGUGGUAUUGGCAAGCAAGUCAUGGAGGAUCUGGCCAAGACGGGCGUGCGCGUCAUCAUUCUCGAUAUCAACGAGCCCAAUUUCACUCUGCCAUCCAAUGUCUUCUUCUACAAGGCCAAUAUCACCUCCUCCGCCAAUAUCGCCGAGGUCGCCAAGGCUAUCCGCAGCGACCACGGCGAGCCGACUGUCCUGGUGAACAACGCUGGUGUCGGCCACGAUGGAACUAUUCUCGAGGAGCCUGAGGCUAAGAUUCGUCAGACCUUUGAGGUCAACACCAUCUCGCAUUUCCUUAUGGUUAAGGAGUUCCUUCCCGCCAUGGUCAAGGCCAACCACGGUCAUGUCAUCACGAUUGCUUCCAUGGCCAGCUUUGUCGCCCUCGGAGAGAUGGCCGAUUACUGCUGCUCCAAGGCCAGUGCUCUUGCAUUCCACGAGUCUCUUCGCCAGGAGCUGCGCUACUGGUACAAAGCGCCGAAUGUGCGCACCAGUGUCAUUCACCCCAUGUGGGUUCGCACUCCGAUGAUCAAGAUGCUCACCGACCACGAAACCCAAUUCCGCCAACCCAUCAUGACCGUUCAAUUUGUCUCCGACGCCAUCUGCAAGCAGAUUCUGACCCAAACUAGUGGUCAAAUUAUCCUGCCGGCUAGCCAAUCCGCCGCCAGUCUGGUGCGCGCCAUGCCUACCUGGAUCCAAGAAGGGAUCCGCACUUUUGCUUCAGGGUCGUUGCGUCGUAUGCGCAAUGUGCAGCCGUAUGAGAAGUAA